AAAAUUUUGUUUCUUCUAGUAUACAAUGGCGACUGGAAAAUGAGAUACGCAACGUGGGAUGGCAAAGGUACGGUGAAGAUCGAGCAAGACAUUCAGAAUUUCUCUUCAAAUCGGACACUGUACUACAGCCUACCAUAUCGAUUCAUUGAGCAUCAGACCAAGUCAUACGGCGGAUAUUUUCAGAUCCCUCUCGACACGGGAGAAGAAAUACCAAGAAUCAUUGUGAUGGGUUAUAACAGAACGCUCAUCUACAGGAACAACCACAAAGACGAGAUCCUCAACGGGAUGGCUAGAAUCAAGCUACAUGAAACCAACUUCUUUCCCCAAACGGAACGGCAAUCGAUCGGAUUGAGCUACUAAUAGUGCUUUCGUACAUUGAUCACUUCUUGAUUGAAAUGCGCCCAAAAAAUGGACGAUAUAUACCAAGCGAACAGUCGAUCGUAAUGGACUCUGCAAGCAGUUAUCAGAGAGGAAUAGGCAAGGCAGCGUUCGUGGAAGAGUGUCGAUGUCCGGUUGGAUUUCGUGACAGUUCCUGCGAACGGUGCGACUUUGGUUACAAUCGGGCAUUCGUUGGACCACCGAUGGGCCUGUGCAUGCCCUGGGAAUGGCAUCGGGAGCGCUACGUCCCUCCGAGCACCACAACAAGAGCAUACCAUUACGUUUGACCUGCGAGAUUAGAUAUAUUGGAUUCUAGUUUACCGAAUAAUUUCACUGUUAUAUCAAGCAGGAAAUCACGAAACGUCAAAUCAAA